AGAUUAUGCGAGAUUUUCCAGAGGACCUCCAGGGAGAUAUUGCCCUUCACCUUCACCAGGAGAUACUCUCUCUGCCCAUAUUCAAACCUGCAAGCCAGGGAUGCCUCAAAGCUUUAGCAUUACAGGUAUUGACUCAUUCUCAUUUGCCAAACAAUCUCUCAUUGGUUUUAUUGAAGGUUUCAUUAGCAGCAGGAAGCAUGUGAUUCUUUAUAGUUGUUUUUACCAGAAUCAUCAAAUUAUAUUACAACAAUGUCAGCUAUUGUCGGAAAUUUUAAUGAAUCUUACUAGCUGUUCUCUAAAUAAUGCAUCAGACAUCUGUUAAAAGUUGCCAACUCUAAAGCUUGUUUUAUCAUGUGAAUAAAUAUUAUUGAACCAUAUUAAUUCAUACUAAUCAGGCCCAUAGCCAGGGGUUCAAAAUUGUUUCCAAAAUCGUGCAGUUUUCACCAUUCUGAGCACUUUUCCAGUGAUUUGGGCCAAAUUUGUCAUAUAUGAAUCCCUCCCUGAUUUUUUGAAAAAUAAAUCCACCUUGAAAAGAAGCUGGCUACGGGCCUGCCAAUAUAGACACAUGAUGUAUUAGAGCAACUUGUGCUUCAAGACAAGAAGAUGGAACUGUGAUUGGUAUGAAAAUGACGGCUUAAUCCAUGUUGGUAGAAAACUUGUCAGAAUGAGCAUUCAUUUCAUUACUAUGAGAUGUUAUUGUCAGAUUUGAAUGUUAAGUAUCAAAUUUUAAGAGAACUGUAAAGUCAUAUCA